AAAAUAAGUAAUGAUUAUUAAAAAAUGUAGUUGCGCCACCAUCUGUGCUAAACCUUGUGCAAAACCUUCAGCUCACACUAACUUAUUAUCUCUUCAGCACUGAAACCAGCAGAAAUUUAUGAAUUUGGUCUGAUAAUAUAGCAGUGUGACCUUCAGAUUGCUUACAGUGGUGAACUGGAAACAAAAGUCUCCCUUUAGAUUUGUUCCUUUCCUGUUCUUAAGGUGUCUGAAUAAGAUUUAUGUAAACUUUUGUGCAACUUUUGACUCUAACAUGUAUUUCAAAUGAAACAAUAAUUUCAAGCCUGGCUUCAUCCAAUGUUCACAUCACUGUUCUGGAAAAGUAAGAAUAUGAUAUAAUUUAAUUUCAGAAAACCAAAUUGUCUGUAAGUAUUUAAAUGGGGAAGUUCCAAGGUGGUAUCUAGUAGUUAAAAAUAUCUAAAAACUUGUUUCCAUCUUAUACACUGAGCCUGUCAGUUUGUUCCAUAGUUUCUGUGAGACAAAUUUGACGUUGAAUGUGUCUUUCAUAUCAGGCUCAGUCUCAUCACGUAUGCUUUAAUAACAGUGUGUUUAUCAUAAGAGCAGCAACAGGAUUCAUGUGGUGCUGAUGAUUGGAGGGAAAAUGCUACACAAUACUUCAUGAAGUACCAGCUGCCAUUGAGACUGUUUCUGAUCUUAUUUUGGUUUUCUUGGAGCACAGAUGUUUUAACCCUCUCACCUACACGCACAAAUUCCACUUUACCUGGAAUGACGAGUUUUUCUGUCACCACCUCACCUCCAGGCACCGUGACAGAUACAACCACUGUCACGCAAAUAGCCACCACCCAACCUGCAUUCACCACAACAACCUACAUCUCAAACUCCCCAAAUCCAACGACCAAUUUAACCCCCACGACUGAUCCUCAACAUCAACAGUGUUCUUACAUUGUCACACACAUGAAGUUUGGCUUCCUGAUCAACGUGUCAAUGAAUUCUACAACCAACUACACCAACUACACCAUCAACUUAAAUGAAACAAAUCAAAUGGACAAACCCAUCAGUCAAACCUUCAAUCAGAGCUUUCAUGAAGUGAAACACCUGAAGCCGUGUACUGAAUAUGAACUCACUCUGACAUUCACUGAUAGUGCUGGUGAUGAACAGCUUUGUGAAGCUAAAAGUAAAAACACGACCCUCGGAAUGAGUGAAGAUCAGGUUAAAGUUGAAGUUGAUGACACCUGCAUGCCUGGAUAUGUUUGUUACCUGAGUGAUUGGGACAUCAGCUCUUCUCUGUCAACGUGGCAUAACGUUCUAACUGAGCGAUGCAAAAGGGACAAAAAGACGUUCUGCAUCAAACCUCAUUACAACGACAUAUGCACAGAUUUAACUACAACCUUCACUUCUGGAAACUGUUCGACUUCCUUUAAUCUCACCAGAAGCAUCCAUGUUGAUUUCUUGGAUUCAUUUGAAAUAAAUCAGAUGGCUUCAACUGAACUUCCAGCAACGAUUGAAGCAGAAUUACCUCUAAGCUGCACCGAUCUCACCGUUACCUACAACUGUCGUGGUAAGUGGGAAGACUGGAGGUAA